ACUUCCUCUACAAAAAAGACUCAACUUUUAUAUUCUGCAACUUACCAGUCAGCAAAGCAGCACAGAGUGGCACAGUGUAAAGGUUGCAUCAUAAAAGCUUCUUCAAUGGACUGCACAGGCCCCUCUGCUCUGCAAACUGCUUCUCAUUAGCGUUCCUGUAGAAAAGAUCUACUUACUGUUCCCUCACCUCCAUGCAAACUGUAUGCACCAUUGCCUUUAUCUGCUCCAUUUUUAAAAGAUCUUUGCAGGCAGUAAGUCAUAACAAGAGCAUGGUGAUUUUUUGGCUCGUUUUCUUCACUUUUUGCUUGACACAGUUCCUAAUUAGCAGGGAUAAAGGCAAUAUCCUUCCUCCACACACCAUUAAAAUUCUCAUCUGGAAAUGGCCAUAUGCAAGAAGGACCAAUCUAACGGGGAAUGUAUGCGCUGAUCUCUAUGAUAUCCAUGGCUGCCACCUGACAGAUAACCAGUCUGCCUUUAACCAGGCUGAUGUUGUGGUCUUCCAUCAUAAUGACAUCUAUCCUUCUGUGGCUACAUUACCUACAGAGAAGUGGCGACCCCACCUACAGAAAUGGGUGUGGUUGUCUCUGGAGUCUCCGACCAACAACAGAAAGAUCAACCAGCUAAAUGGAAUCUUUAAUUGGACAAUGAGCUACAGACGGGAUUCAGAUAUUUUCAUACCCUAUGGAGAGCUUGUACCGAAUAUUGGCCACCCUUUCUCCAUUCCCAAAAAGAUCUCUCACUUGGCUGCAUGGGUGGUCAGCAAUUAUAGGGAAAGUCACAAGAGGACUGGUGUUUUCCAUAGUCUACAAAAAUCCAUGGCAAUUGAUAUGUAUGGCAGGGCUAAUGGAAAGCCACUCAGCAAGGACAGCCUCCUACAAACUAUUUCCAAAUAUCCCUUCUAUCUAGCAUUUGAGAAUUCCAUACAUCAGGAUUACAUAACAGAAAAGCUGUGGAGGAAUUCUUUCAUGGCAGGCUCAGUGCCCGUAGUCUUAGGGCCAUCACGAACCAACUAUGAAGCGUUUGUGCCCGCAGGGUCAUUCAUUCAUGUACAGGACUUCCCAAGCACCAAAGAACUGGCAGAAUAUCUCAUGGCAGUGGCCAACAAUGAGACGCAUUAUAGGCAAUACUUUGAAUGGAAAAAACAAUUCACAGUCAAGAUGUACGAAGACUGGAGGGAGCGGUUCUGCCAAAUCUGCAAAAAGUAUAAAACCCUGCCCCAAAGAAAAAUCUAUCACAACCUUGAAGAAUGGAUAAAUAGCUAAUUGUGUUUUGUAAAGUUACGAUGAGCAUUUUUCAAAAACCUUCCUGUGGACAGUAAAAAUUUGAAACAAGUACAUUUUCAGGAUAAAUGAAUAGAUUUUUGCUAUGAUCGAUCUGGUGCUGCUUUCUAUUAACUUUGUGAGAUUCAUUUUUUGACAGAAACAACAGUAACAUGGUGAAUGGUACGGAUUAGUCAAGGGACUGUAUAAGGAAAGGUAUGUUUUGGACAUUUCACGGUUCAUAUAACAUACUUGUCUUUGCAGGGUACUCUAAGGUAAUGGAGAAGUUGGUGUGCGAGAUGGCUUCAUUGGUUCACAUUAUACCCAAAAUAAAAUGAACGGGCAACACGUAAAUCCUGCCACAAUCUAAUGCUCAGAAUUGUUUUACCCCAAUGAAAUAUAUAACCACAUGCUUAGGAUGGGCCCAGUUAGUUUGAAAAAGAGGAUAGCAAAAACAACAAUGCUGUGGCCUUCUCAGUUACCAAAUCAACUAUCUUUUUACAUAAGAUGCAAGAAGGUAUCUGACCGGUUCACCAGCAGACAGUGUACUGUAAAUCAAAGUAACUGAACAUAAGUUACUUACUCUUUUCAUCUUUACUAGUUUUCUUGCCCAGAUGAAUUCAGGAUCAGCAGAACCCAACUAGUUUAUAAGAGGACAGGCCUAGUAAAGUGGUCAUUUACUGUUGAUGUUUUAUCAAAACAAAAAAAAAAAACCAACCCCAGUUAACAUGUUUUAACCUUCUUGGCACCAACCCCUCAAAGUUAAUACAGAGUCAGUCUCUGUGCGACAUGUAAUGAUCCUCUUUAUAGUGUUAUGCCCAACUAACUCUCAGGAUAGUAUUCUGCUAUCUUCUGGAUGAAAGGACAUAAUGCUGUGAAAAAAAUCAUGAAUAUUUGUGUUCAGCCUCUAACUCAUCAAUAUUCAUGAAUGGGGAGGACCUAUCAACUAAAACACAAUGGCAUACGGAGCUGUAAAUCCAGUUUUAGAAAAAAACUGAAAAUGAACCAAUGCUCGAAUCAAGCAAGAGCGAUGAUUUAACAUGGUUAUCAGAUGUUGACAGAGACAGGGAAACUGACAUGUGUUCUGUAGAGCCCAACCUGCCAAGUUUCAACGAUGUUCUGUGUUUGGUGCUGGCUUCAUACUAUUGAUAACUAACCUGCAUCACUUUGUUGCUCAUUUAUGGGUAAACUUGUUCUAAAGAUGUCUGUUGAUCAUGAUUAUCUGGAUUAUUUAUUAUUGGUCUAUGACAGUCUGGUUUUGAUAAUAGUUUCUAAAAUAAACCACUGGGUUGAGCAGUGCCAAGUGCUUUGGGGUGUUGAAGUUUGGGUUGGCUGUUCAAUAAACCAUUUACUUUUCACAGUUGCUGCAGCGAUGGUGCUCCAGUGUCACAGACACCCAUUUUUACCAAAGCUUUUCACUCAUUAUAACAUACCUGUUUUACUAAUAAAGGACUAUGGUGAAGCUAAUCACCCAACAACUGUACACACUGCGUAUUUCUGAUCUUCACAAAAUUAACAAAAGUCUCAGUGGUUGUAAGGAAAGACCAUCAUGGAUACAGUACAUCAUAUCCAAACAGGCACAAGGUCUGGUUAAAUCAGGAAAUCUAUAAUUGAUACAGGUAGAGGGACCAUGCGGAAUGUCAACUACAGUACACUACCUCAACUGGGCCGUCAUGAGCAGAACUUUUACUUCAGUAAGGUGACUGUAUAAUGGAAAGUAUCUACCCUGCACCUGAAACUGCUUCAGAUUUCACUUAGAAAGAAAACUGAUGCAUGGCACUGCAUGAGUAAACCAUCUUCAUGUUCUUGGUGACUCCAUUCACAUGAAUACAUCAAGCUGCAGUGGGGUGCAAUAUGUACACUGCAAAAAAAGAGAUUGUGAUCAAUUGGAAGGUAGGACAAGAUGCACACCCGUCUCCCAAACACUGUUCACAAUGUAGAAUCCAUCACUAUUCAUGUGUUGGGAAAUAUGGAAGUCACCUAGCUUUGUGCUAUGGUAGACAACACAUCACAAAAUAGUCCAUCCUGCUCUAGCAAAUCAGGCACCAACAUUCUAUCCAGUCAUGUGCAAGCAAAAGAAAAAACACUAACAUCUGCUCAAACUGUGCCUGUGAACACUUAGUGACCAUUUCAAAAAUUAUCACAUGAAACAUGUAUAAUAAACCUGCAACAGUACAGCAGUGAACAUCAGACACACCUUCUCUAUUGUGACUAAGUUGGUAUUGAGAAGUUUGUUGUUGGGGGAAAUCAAGACUUUUGCCUAAUCCCCUCCCCCGGGUAAACAAUGCUUAGGGGCUUAAGAUUCUAAACCAACUCUGCUUCACAUACGGUGCAUCCAGAAAGUACUCACAGCGCAUCACUUUCCACAUUAUGUUACAGCCUUAUUCAAAAA